GAACCAUUUGGUGGGCAGGACUUCCGGCGGAAUAUCGCACUGUCUGGGAAACUCAGAGCUGUCCUGGUGGUCGCUGUUCAGAGUUUUGUGAAGAUGGCUUGUGCUGCCGCGCGCUCCCCGGCCGACCAGGACAGGUUUAUUUGUAUCUAUCCUGCUUAUUUAAAUAAUAAGAAGACCAUUGCAGAGGGAAGGCGAAUCCCCAUAAGUAAGGCUGUUGAAAAUCCUACAGCUACAGAGAUUCAAGAUGUAUGUUCAGCAGUUGGACUUAACGUAUUUCUUGAGAAAAAUAAAAUGUACUCUAGAGAAUGGAAUCGUGAUGUCCAAUACAGAGGCAGAGUCCGGGUCCAGCUCAAACAGGAAGAUGGCAGUCUCUGCCUUGUGCAGUUCCCAUCACGUAAGUCAGUAAUGUUGUAUGCAGCAGAAAUGAUACCUAAACUAAAAACAAGGACACAAAAAACAGGAGGUGGUGACCCAAGUCUUCAACAAGGAGAGGGAAGUAAAAAAGGGAAAGGAAAGAAAAAGAAGUAACCUAGUAUCAACAUCAAGUAUGGAGGUAUGAAUGGAAGCUUCUAAUUUGUAUUGGAGGAAACCAGAAGCUUUUUGUUUGCAUCAUUUAACUGAACUGUGAAUCCUUGUGCCUCUCAUCUUUAUCAUCGGAGUUGACAUUGAAACAAAUUCACAUCAGAAGUUUGCAUCUCGCUUUUAUGCACUGUAAAAUAUUUUUUUUUUGUCUUUCAGUGCAGUUUUUUUGGAAGAAAGAAUAUUUUUAAAUGGACAGUGGACUGUACAAUAAGUUACUUGAAAUAAGUUACUUGUUUCAGAUGAAUUUCAAUUAGAUUUGAAAUAAACAUUUUUGUCCACCUUUUAAGUUAAUGAAAUAAAAUUUGAAACUGAC